GUGUUAAUGCUGAAAUAUAUAAUUGAUGAAGUUAAAAUGAAUUGGUUUUGGAUAUAGAUGGUAAAAGAUGGUUAUGAGUGGAAGAAAUAUGGGCAGAAGAAGACAACGAAAGAUAAUCCUUCACCCAGAGCUUAUUACAAGUGCGCAUUGGCUCCUACAUGCCCCGUCAAGAAAAAGGUGCAAAGAAGCAUACAGGAUAAGUCUAUCGUUGUUGCAACUUACGAAGGAAAGCAUAACCACGGUUUUCCUUUUCGUGAUUUAUUCAAGCCAUCAUCGGUUACACCCGAAGCCUCAAUAAUGGAUAACGAUUUACCUAUGACAAACAUAUCAAACGACAUCAACAUCGACCUUUGUCUAUGCAAUCGUGUUCCGACAGAUGUAACAGAUAAACAGCAGAAGGACGGUGGCAGUAACAUGAAAGCUCUGGAAUGUAUAAGUUCUCUGCUAAAAGAUCCUAACUUCAUUGCACCAUUAGCUGAAGCAGUUGUUCUCUCCAUCAAUAGCCAGAGUGAGCAAGUGGGUCUUAACCUGAGUUUGGGUCUUCCUCAAUCGGAUUUGUCUAAGUGAAUUCACCUAAGCAAAUUGGUGUUUCAAGGAAAACACCAACAAUCCCUCUCUCGCUUUCUACUACAUGCACAA